AUGUCGAACUCGGUUGCUGGACAGAUCGCAGUUCAAGAAGGCGUGCCAGACAAUGCAGAUGCGGCAAAGAGGUUGGAGGCCACUCAUCGCAGCCUCGUUCCAGAGGACCUGCUGUCCGAGAAGUCACCCGCGGCCAGUGCAGGCGAUACUGUAAAUUCCGAAUCGCGGGCUGCCUUGGUGUUGCCACUCGAUGGUGGCGUGCCUUCCGGCCAUGCCUUUCCGACCCUGUCGGAGCUUGACGGCCCACAUCCUAUCCUGAAGCCUGCCGGUACUAUGACGACAGCACUGGGAUCACAGGCUGCGGUGCGCACUGACUCCGAGAUCCAAUCUGCCAUCCUGGCCACUAUCGAGGAGCCUGCAAGCUCUUCCACGGGAUGGUGGGUUUCCCGGAAGUUAUCGGCCUCGGCCUCGCAUGUGCCGAGCAUGUCCAUCUCUCGCUACAUCAAGGUGGAUUCGCAGGUCUUGGACACUGUCGGUGGCAUUCUGAUCUUGCUCAACUCACUCGUCAUGCUGGUGGAAUUAGAGAUGAUCGGCCAACGCUCGGGUCAGCUCCUGGUGGAUCCGGAAAAGCCCGCGGAG